UUUAUGUUGUUAUAUUGGGUAGAUUAUUAGGUUACCGGUAAUUUCUGCUUUCGAACACAACCUAGGAUUUAAUUGUGCCCCAAACACGUUCUUUUUAUGAUUUCUAUGAACGUUGGAUAUUUUAUCAUGUUGGGACUCCUCCUACCUUUGUGAUGGAUUAAUAUCAUGUAAUUUCAAUCUACUUUUUGAAAUGUUGCCAAAUGUUUGUAUAUGUAUUCUUGGAGUCAGGCAAAUACAUUGAUAAGGUUAGAAAUAUUUUAAGCUGCAAUUUUUUGGGGCUCUUUUAGACUAAAUUUGAGUACGCCGUGCGUGCACGGCGUGACUCAACUAGUAUAUAAAAUAUAUUCAAGGCAGGUUUAGUGCUCUAGCUAACUAGCUAUUUGCUAUAUCUAAUGAUUCGGGUUGGUAUUAUUGUAAUUGUUUCUAAGAAAUUGAUGCGUUUUUCUACAAUAUUUACCAUACAAUCUCCAUGUACCUUUUUAAUUAUCUAUAUAAGUAGAAAAUUACUAUAUUCAUUUUUAAAGUUUCAUUUAUCCAGCAUUUCUUUCAAUUUAAUGAAGAAUAGUAGCUAUUACCUUACUAUCCAAAUAAGUCUUGAUCUUAUGCUCUGGACUUCCGUUUUUAUUUUUGUGUAAUGCUAGAACUAAAGUGAUUUUUUUCAAUAACUAAACAAUACUAUUUAUGAUAGCUAUUUUCCAGACAUUCAGAAUUCACUUUCGUAGGGAAAUUUAAUAGGUUGCUCUGGAAAAAGUGAAGCUUAAAUUUCAGUGAUCUUAUCAUUUCUUUUUAGAGGCUUAGGUUGAUUAUUUACAGCUUUCUUGUAGAGGGAUGUAUAACUUGCCUCAAGAACGAGAAUAAAUUAAAAGGGUUAAAAGUUUCCAAUGAAAUUUUCUGUAGAAAUAAGACAAAUUACAGGCUUGCUCCAAUUUUGAUAGUAUUAAUUACACAACAAAGGACUAAUGUGCUCCUAUUCAAUUGUUUGUGCAAUUAAUUCUAUUUGUUGGAUUACUAAAAGUUUAUGGACGUUGAAUUUAAUGGAAAGACAACUGAAGAAGGUAAAGGUUUACAAAAGAUUUUACACUCCUCAGUACAUUUAUUAUGUAUCCUUAGCAAAAGAUUUACACUCCCAAUUAUGCUUCUUAUGUGCUUUUUCCUGCAAGCCUAUCAAAGGUGGAUGGGGGAGUAUAUGUUUCUCGGUUGUGCAGUACCAUUUUGUUAUCCCUAUCUAAUGAAAACUUUGUGAGCCACACGCUGAUGCUAUGUCCUUAAUUCAGCUUUACAAGAACUUUUAGUUGUUUAGUGCGUGCAGUAGAAGACAAAUUGAACUUCCAAUAAAAAAGGGAAGCGUCGGAAUCCGACAAACAAAUAGAAUUGUGAUGGCCAUUACUGAGGGUAGCAGAAGAGAUAAGGGUGUGAGGAUUGGAGGUGAAAAUGCAGGGAGAUAUGUUCGAUACACCGAGAAACAGAUUGAGGCUCUUGACAGAGGUUAUGCAGAGUGCCCAAAUCCAAAUCGUUUUCAGCGGGCAGAGAUUAUUCGUGAAGAACCUGCUUUGAGGGGCCUAGAUAACAAACAGCUAAAAAUCUGGUUUCAGAACAGAAGAAGUCGUGAGAAGCAGAAGAAAGAAAGUGACGAUAUCAUGUUAGAAAACAGGCGGUUGACUGCGGCAAACAAUCUUUUAAGGCAAGAGAAUGAUGAAUUGCAGCAACAGUUAACAUCUCAUAUUACGACCUUUGAUUUGGACCAUCUGCUUGAAGAGCAUCACCCUGAAAUGAGUAGUACAGCGGCUGAUAAAAAUAACAGCCUUUUCUCACUGGCUGCAGAAAUCAGGAAAGAGUUCCUGUCCAAAGCUAUUGGAACUGCUAUUAAUUGGACCCUUGCUCCGGGGCUGAAGCUUGACAGUGUAGGUGUAUACGGUACUUUAUACAUCCCUUCUACUUGUGAUGGAGUGGCAGCUAGGGCGUGUGCUUCUAUAACUUUUGACCCUUUUAAGGCAAGCUCUAUAAUUAUCUUCUUGGAACAUGCUAUUUAUAUUCUUUAUCUUGAAAUGACAUUUGAAAUGCUCAAGGACCGCCCUUCCUGGUCGCGAUUUUGUCGUGGUAUGGAUGUUGUUGCCGAGUAUCCUACAAAUGGGGGAGCUAUUGAAUUGAUCUACACGAAGUACUAUGCCCCAACUACCAUGGCUUUGGCUCGAGAUUUCUGGACAUUAAGAUACUCUUCUGUUUUAGAUGAUGGCAGCUUGGUGGUAUGUGAGAAGUCAAUUUCUGAUUCUGAUGCUGGUCCAAGUUCUCCCGCUGCACUUGAAUUUGUGAGAGGGAGGAUGCUGGCUAGUGGUUAUAUGAUUUGUCCUGGCAAAGGGGGAUCAACCAUACAUAUUGUUGAGCACUAUGAUUUUGAGGCAUCAUCUAUUCCGGUGGUGGUGCGCCCGCUGUAUGAGUCAUCUGAACUUCUGGGGAAGAAGACAAUUGUUCCAGCACUUCUCUAUAUUGAGCAUAUGGCCAAUGAGACAAGUGGCAUCCCAAGACAUUCUUGCUAUGAGGAUCCUGCUCUUUUGAGAUGCUUCUGCCUAAGACUUUCUAGGAGCUUCAAUGAUGCUAUCAAUUGUUUCUCUGAAGAUGGAUGGACAUUGAUGAAUGCUAAUUCUAGUGAUGAUAUUAUUAUGUCCACCAAGCGAACCACUAAUUUUGGAGUCUAUGCAAAUUGUGAUAGUAUACUUUGUCUGAAGGCCUCUUUGCUGCUUCAAAAUGUUUUCCCUGCAAGCUUGGUGAAGCUUCUGGCGGAGUGUCGUGCGGCUUGGAUGGGCUUCAGUUUUAAUGAUCAUAUAGUAGCUUCAAGUCCUGCUCCCUUUGCAUUUCAAGGAAUUGAUAUUUCCUGUGUAUCUGAAUUUUCUGCACUGUUUGGCCAAACCAAUAACAAGGAUGAGGCAGUAGAAAUUAUUCGUCUGGACCGUGCUGAUCGCCAGCGUAAUUAUUAUUUGGGGGAUUUUGUUCAUUUGCAGAUGAUUAAUGGAAUGGCAGACAAUGGUUUUGGAGCUUGCUCAGAACUAAUCUUUGCACCAAUCGAUGAAACUAGUCCCAAUGAUGCUUCUUACUUAUCUUGUGGAUUUCGAAUCUUCUUGUUGGGUUCAGAUACAGCAAGCAGUGGCCUCCCACCCUCAAUGCUGGUUCUAGCCUUUCAGUUUCCUUAUGAAGCACAGAAUCUGGAUGAAAUCGAAGCUGUGGCUAAGCUAUAUGUGAAACAUGUAAUUUCCUGUGUGAAAAUGAUUUCUGAGGAAGUAGCGUACGUUGGAUUUGUGAACCCUGCAGAAGCAAGUAGUGCUAUUUUCUCUCGAGAAACAUUUUCUGAGAACCUAGCUAGCAUGAUACACCAAAGCUAUAGAUCGAGUUUAGGUGUGGAUAUGAUUGGCUUGAACCUUGAGACUCCUAAUUCAUUGUCCGAUCAGAUACAACGUCACCAUUAUGCUAUACUUUGUUUCUCGUCCAUGUCUGACACAGUAUGCGUGUAUGCAAAUCGAGCUGCUCUUAACAUGCUACAGACCACACCAGGAAAUCUCCAAAUGCUCACUGUGGAGAGGUUUUUUGUCGACUCUAAUAUUUCACUUGCUCCAGUGUUCCAGACUGUAAUGCUGCAGGGGUAUGCUUUUCUACCACCUGGACGCUUUGAGUCUGCAAUAAAUCGCAUGGUUUUUUAUAAGCAAGCUUUGGUGUUGCAGUUGCAGCCACCAGAUGGUUCUUUUAAUGGCUUUGCAUUGGCCUUCAUAAACUUGUCCUUUAUCUAAUAAAUGUGUUCUUCAGUUCUUUUUUGUUUUUAAAAAAAUAGAAAUAAUAAUUUUCAUUUAGAAGACGGGAGAGUUUGGAUUGUUUUGACUGGGAUUUAAUUUUGAUGGGA